AUGUAUCCGGCGUUUCAAUCGAGCGACAAGCCUUUUGAAAGGUUUCCAGCGCGUCGCAGCGCAGUCCAUAGCACGAAGGGCAUGGUGGCAUGCUCGCAACCUCUGGCUGCACAGGCAGGACAAACGAUCCUGGGAUUGGGGGGCAACGCAGCAGAUGCUGCCGUCGCUGUAGCUGCUGCGCUGAACGUGACCGAACCGGCAUCGACUGGACUCGGCGGGGACGCCUUCUUCCUGUUCUACAAUGCCGCUACAAAAACGGUCCAUGCGCUCAACGCCUCAGGACGAAGCGCAAAGAACACAACGCUCGAACAGGUCCGAAGAGAGCUGGGUCUGGCGACGGGCAAAGUCCCGUUUACCAGUCCGCUGGCGGUCACAGUCCCUGGAGCUGCGGCAGGAUGGGUUGAUGCGGUAGAGAGGUUCGGCAGUGGGAAGCUGACUUUGGAGCACGUCUUGUCGCCGGCCAUCGAUUUGUGCGAGCGAGGCUUCCCAGUAAGCGAGAUCUCGGCUUCAAUGUGGAAGAAUGGAGAAUCCAAACUUAAAGGCGCGUCGCCGUACGGUGUCGAGCUGUUGAAGCCAAACGGCAAGGCUCCUGAGUCGGGGGAAGUCUUCCGAAAUCCGCAUCUUGGAAGAACGCUCAGGACUCUUGCCACGGAAAGCAAGAAGGGAAUCUACACCGGGCGAAUCGCCAAAGCUAUUGUCGAUGUUCUCCAACAAAAAGGGGCACAUCUAGAACUGUCGGACCUCGAGGACUAUGCCAGCCAGGGAUCCUCCGAGGUCGUUCCAGUAUCACUACAGUUCAGGGGCCAGGGCGUGGGCUCUCGAGGAUCAUCUACUUCAAAGGAUCAGUUCGUCGAGUUGUGGGAGCACCCUCCGAACGGACAGGGUAUCGUGGCUCUCAUGGCCCUUGGCAUCCUAGAGGAGCUCGAAAAGUCGAAGCAAAUACCUACGUUCACGGAGGAGGAUCACAACACCGCUGUAUACAUCCAUGCGGUUGCCGAAGCCUUUCGGAUCGCCUUUGCUGAUGUAAACUGGUGGGUCACGGAUCCCGAACAUAGUCCGGUAAAGCCCGAAGAGCUGGUCUCGCGUCCAUAUCUCGCUGAGCGCGCAAAGUUGUUCAACAAGGAGAAGGCGGGAAAUCACGCCAAGGGCCAACCGUUCGGUGGUGUGAGUCCCGCGCAAAACCGUAGCGACACGGUCGUCUUUGCCGUUGUCGACCAGGACGGCAAUGGGAUGAGCGUGGUGAAUUCGAACUUCAUGGAAUUCGGGUCCGGCAUCGUUCCCCAAGGCUGUGGAUUCACGCUUCAGAACCGGGGGGCCGGGUUUCAUCUUGGACCUGAUAACCACCCAAAUAUCUAUCGAGGCGGAAAGAGACCGUAUCAAACCAUCAUCCCUUGUCUGGCCACUCAAGGACCCGACCGUGACUUGCACUCGGUGUUCGGUGUGAUGGGUGGGCUCAUGCAGCCGCAAGGACACGUCCAGGUGCUGUUGAACAUGGAAGUGUUUGGUAUGACCCCACAGGAGGCGGUGGACGCGCCUCGACUCUGUAUCGAAAACCCCAUGCCCCCAAAGCUUGACAGUAUCGGGAACUUGUUCUUGGAAGAGGGCAUCGACGAGUCCGUGGCGGCAACUUUACAAGCCAUGGGCCAUGACGUCCAGGUUCUGAAGGGCUGGUCAAGGAACAGAUUCGGUAGAGGGCAGGCGAUCAAAGUUCGGACCAACGAGACUGGUCAACGAGUCUUGACUGGCGGCAGCGAUGGUAGAGGUGAUGGAUUGGCUUUGCCAGCUUGA